GCCCGUUCACCCAAAGCUAAGCUACACUUCUUUGCUAGAGUACUCACCACACCACACUUAGCUAUUGCUCAUAAAAUCAACCUAAUUCCUUGGUCAUUAUGGCCACACAGGUCGUCGUCAACAUCAGUCACAUCGUCGACAACUCCCUGGGUAGCUUUCAGACCUCAAGAGAUAACUUCAAUUCACAGCCUGCGCCAGAUGCUCUUCUCUUCAUAUUACCUUUGCUUAUCGUGCUCUCCACUUUCCUUUUCAUUCUCCUCAUCUUUCUAGUAUGUGUUAUAUUCAUUCGAAGACGACGCGGUAUCGUCUUGCGAGACAGUGAUGGACCUACCGACAUGAGUCGAGAGGAACUUAUAGACGGGGAAGGAGGCUUUGAAGGCGUGGAGUCUCGCUGGCUCGAGAGUGUUUCUGAAAAUGUUCGACGUUCAUAUCUCAGAGCAAAAGAUUACCAAUUGCAAUAUGCUCCGAACUCGGAGCCUACAGAUAUCACGCUAUCUCAAUUCCUUUCUAUCCAGGAGAAGGGUGUCUCAGCAUGGUCCUUUGAGCCAGACUACGAAACUAUUAAUUCACUUUUGGUUCAUGCUCGCACGGAAAUCACCUUCCUUCCCGAUCCUGCAUCCGCCUCGUGCGUGCAGUCAAAUUUACCCCUACCCAAAUUGAACGAGGUCUACUAUUGGGAAGUCAAGAUGUUUGAUCUUCCCGAAACUACUACAGUUGCCGUUGGACUGGCCACCAAACCCUAUCCACCUUUCCGACUUCCAGGUCUAAACCCUUUCUCCGUCGCUUACCAUUCCAACGGUGACAAGUGUUACAAUUAUCCCUUCACUGCAUCACCAUUCGGUCCUCUACUCAAAGAAGGCGAUGUUCUUGGCAUUGGUUAUCGUCCUCGCACAGGAACCGUGUUCUUCACUAGGAACGGUCGUAAGAUGGAAGAUGCAUUCAUCGGCCUCAAUCGUUACAAUCUAUUUCCCACAAUUGGAGCAGAUGGUCCAUGCAGUGUCCAUGUCAACCUCGGCCAAGCUGGCUUCGUCUUUAUUGAGGCGAACGUAAAGAAGUGGGGUCUGGCCCCGACCGUGGGAACUCUGGCACCCCCACCUGCCUAUGGGAGCGAACGAGGCAGUAUCUUACUGGAUGUGGGAGGUGGCGUACGACCCAGCGCCCCAAUUAUUUCUCCGCCGGGCACUUCUUCCACGCCCCGCAGACGCUCUCACCGCUCUCGAAGACCGAGCAAUGCAAUCUCAGCAUCUAUUCCUGUCGCUUCUUCGCCACUUAGAGGCACUCCCAUAUCAUCACAUACUGGGGAUCCUGGUAGUCCUCCCCCACCGAUUACACCCAUCAUCGAAGAGCCCGACAGCACAGACCCCUCAAAUGGCCAAGAAUAUCUGUCUCCAACAGAUUUACCUUUCCACACGCCACCAAAUCACACGCUUCCAUUGUACCCUACGCCAGAAGGCGAGAGCGAGCAGGAGGACGGAGAGGGCACCCCCUCCCAGUCACCAACCUCCUCGCGUUCACAAUCGCCAGAAAGCGAAGGUGCCGCAGGUUCCGACUUGACCAUUCAGGUACAUCCACCGCCUGAUUCGCCCCGUUCGCCGAAUCCGCCCACGCCUAAUCAGCGUGAUAUUCAUUUGCAGGCCUUCACUAGCUCUGCAUCGACAGAAGGAUCGGAUGACGCGUCGGAAGCGAGAUCUCCGACGUUUAUGAGGCGCGAUCCACCAGCAUAUUCACCGUUGGAUGCAUUCACAUAUGCGGAGGGCGUUCAUAUUGACUUACCAGCCGAUGUGAUCGCUGCAGCCCUGGAAGGGGGUAGUAUUCCUCCUAGUGCAAUUGGUCAGGGGAACAGCGAGCGGUCAGAGAGGCGUCGUAGCAGACGAGACAGACGGUGACAUACGAGGUUUUAUAUGACUGGAUUAUGAUGUAUCAUUUGUGCUGUGUAAUGCUCUGUAAAUUCGUUGCGAAUGUCAAUCUUUGCUCUACAUCUACUACCCACAUAUCUCAUGUAUUACGCAUGGACACUUUUCGCCUUCACCUUACAAUUUAAUUCGACACAACACUCAGCAUUUGGGGUGGGGUUACUUGCGAUGUGAUG